UACACCCACUUCUUUACCGUCUCGCUCCUCCCUCACCGUCCGAUCCAUCACCAAUAACGAUCUCCCUUUUUGGGCGGUCACUAUCUUUUACAUUCGCCAGUCGGCGCGUGGAACUGGCUGCUGCUCUCACACUGCACUGCACUGACAUCAUCGCCCUGUAAUCUCACCUCCCCCCUUGUUUGUUGCAAUUUUGGAUCCCACUCGCUUGUUUCAUUGCAGCUUUGGUUCAAUACUCAUUUCUCCCCUUCUCGUCUUCCUUCCUGUUUUUUUUCCCUUUGUAGUAUUCAUUCCGCAACUGGCUGUGCUCUGGGUCUGUGUUCCUUUCCUUUUGUUUUCGACUUCUCUAGUUGGAUUCGUUGUUACUUUAUUGAAUUUGUGUCUAGAGUCUGUCGUUGCGCGAAUUUGUGCGCGAGUUGGAACGUUUUUUUUUUUUUUUUUUUUUUUUUUUUGUGUUGCUGUUGUGAAGAAGGUGGAGGUGUAGGAAUGAUUUGGAGUGGGUUGUGAGAGGCGAGGGGAAUUAGUGAGAAAAGGGGGGAUCGAGGGUUGCUGUGUGUGGUCGGCAGUCAUGGCAGCGCGGCCUCAGAAUGUGGGUAUUUUGGCUAUGGACGUGUACUUCCCCGCGAGUUAUGUGAGCCAGGAGGAGUUGGAGGAGCACGACGGUGUAAGCAAGGGAAAGUACACUAUUGGUCUUGGCCAAGACCGGCUCGCUUUCUGCACCGAUCUUGAGGAUGUUAUUUCCAUGAGCUUGACAGUGGUGAAGUCUUUGCUGGAGAAAUAUGAGAUUCCAGCUGACCGCAUCGGUCGCCUAGAGGUGGGCAGCGAGACGGUGAUCGACAAAAGCAAGGCUAUCAAGACCUCCCUGAUGCAGCUUUUUGAGGACUCGGGUAACGGAGAUAUCGAGGGAGUAGAUUCCACCAAUGCCUGCUACGGAGGAACAGCAGCUCUGCAGAAUUGUCUGAACUGGGUGGAGAGUAGUGCCUGGGAUGGACGUUAUGCCAUUGUCGUUGCUGCAGACAGCGCUGUAUAUGCUGAAGGGCCUGCACGUCCAACGGGUGGUGCUGGAGCUGUUGCCAUGCUGAUCGGACCUGAUGCGCCCAUAGUCUUCGAGCGUAGGCUUAGUGGAACUCAUAUGGCAAAUGCGUACGAUUUCUACAAGCCUAAUCUGGCUAGUGAAUAUCCGGUCGUUGAUGGAAAAUUAUCGCAAACUUGCUAUCUGCAAGCCGUAGACUCGUGUUAUCGGCGCUUCUGCCUGAAGUAUGAGAAGUUUGCAGGCAAACCUUUCACCCUUUCAGAUGCUUCAUAUGUUAUAUGCCAUGCACCUUACAACAAGCUUGUGCAAAAAAGUUUUGCCCGUCUUGUUUACAAUGAUUACUUGAGAAAUGCCAGCUUUGUUGAUGAAGAAGCGGGUGCUAGGUUCCAACCAUUUGCAAUAUUGUCACCAACGGAUAGUCUUUUGAACCGCGACCUUGAAAAGGUCUCACAAGAAGUUGCGAAGAAACAGUACAAUGAAAAGGUUGGACCCACGACAAUGUUGCCCAAGGAGCUUGGAAACAUGUAUUGUGCGUCUUUGUAUGCUGGUCUUGCAACUCUCGUGCAUAACAAGUCAUCUUCUUUGGAUGGAGAAAGAAUACUCAUGUUUUCCUACGGAAGUGGCUUAGCAGCAAGCCUAUUCUCCUGUAAAUUUACCGGCGGCCAAAAGUUGUCAGAAAUAGCAGAGAAAAUGGACAUCGUCGCCAAACUGGAUUCUCGCAUAGCAGUCACACCCAAGGAGUUUGUGGAAACCAUGCACCUCAUGGAGACUCGCUAUGGUGCGAAAGAUUACACGCCAAUCAGCUCCAAGUCUACUCUACGCCCCUCAACCUUUUACAUCACUCAAGUUGAUGCCCUCUAUCGCCGCACUUACGAAAGAUACCAAGCGAAGCUUGAGAAGGUGGAAGCCAAUGGUGUAUAGCAGCUUCAGAACUUGAAUGUUUCUCAUCUGCUUUACUAACUUCAUCUCCACAUUGAAAUUCCCGAGGUUUUGAUGCCGCUGCUAUGUGUAGGGGCAACUGAGUCUGAAAGGGAAUGAGCCAGGACCAACAACUGCAGAUCAUAUGAACCAUCCUUGCUCGCUGGUUUGGGAAUAAAUGUAGUGUACAUGUUGGAGGUUUUCCCAUUUUUUCUCAGUUCGCUACAAUUAUUUGAAGUUGAAUUUAACAAUGAUUCGGACCUUGAGAUGAUUGCUCAAAGAAAACCUAGAGUUUUCCACCAAUUGUUCUACUUGUCUGAAAUGUACUCUACUGCUCCACGUAAGAUAGUUUGUUUUUGUGAGAUUAUUAUCAUAAAUCGUGUUUUACAACCUUAAGUAAAA